UUAAGGGAGCCGGGAGGAGAGGAAAGACGUGUGCUAUUGUAGUUAUAAUAAAAUAAAUCGAAUUUUUGCUCGUUUUCUAGAUGUAGUGUGAAUUAUAAACUGAUAAUGUUUUCCUGUAUUCUGCUGUCUAUAGUCGGAAUUGCAUCAGCUACACCACUCGUUGACGAAAUAUAUCCGAGGAGAGGAGAAAAAUGUGGCUAUGAGAGUUGCACACAAGCAGAGCCAGGUUUGUUGAACGUGCACAUUGUCCCUCACACACACGACGACGUUGGUUGGCUGAAGACUGUCGACCAGUAUUAUUAUGGAAGUCGUAACAACAUUCAAAAAGCUGGCGUCCAGUACAUUUUGGAUUCAGUCGUCCAGGAAUUAUGGCAGGAUCCAAAGAGGAGGUUUAUCUACGUAGAGACGGCCUUUUUCUGGAAAUGGUGGGUGCGACAAGGAGACGACAUACGUCACAAGGUUCAUACGUUAGUGCGACAAGGACGGCUGCAGUUUGUGGGCGGGGCUUGGAGCAUGAACGACGAGGCCGCUUCGCAUUACCAGAGCACCAUAGAUCAGUUCACUUGGGGAUUGAGAAAACUCAAUGAAACCUUCGGGCCAUGUGGUAUGCCAAGAGUCGGAUGGCAAAUCGACCCAUUCGGCCACUCCCGAGAGUUCGCAUCACUCCUCGCCGCCAUGGGCUAUGACGGACUAUUCCUGGGCAGGAUAGACUAUCAGGAUAAAGGGGCAAGGCUAUCCCAGAAGAGGAUGGAAAUGAUUUGGAGGGGAGAUGAUAAUUUAGGCAAUUCAUCAGACUUAUUCACGGGUGUACUUUUCAACACUUACUCCCCUCCGCCCGGGUUUUGUUUCGACGUGCUCUGCGACGACGAACCUAUUAUAGAUGACCCGGAUUCGCCCAUGUUCAAUGUUGAUGCCAGAGUGCACGAUUUUUUGGAAACAUGCAAAAACAUGUCGAAAGGUUACACAACGAGAAAUGUCUUGGUAACAAUGGGCGAAGAUUUCUUCUACCAGGAUGCGAGGAUGCAUUUUAGAAACCUGGACAAGCUUAUAGAAUACACAAAUAUAAAGGCUGCAAAGGAUGGUCUCAACAUAAAACUGUUCUAUUCAACACCAGAUUGUUAUUUGAAAGCUGUCAAGGAUGCCAACCCAAUAUUACCCACGAAACAAGACGAUUUCUUCCCUUACGCAAGCGAUCCCACAGCUUACUGGACUGGUUACUUCACUUCGAGACCCACAACUAAGUACUUCGAGCGGCAAGGGAAUGCUUAUUUACAGAUGGUAAAACAUUUACAAGUGUUGGGAGAUUUGGAAGAACACAACAAGUUUGUGUUGAACGAACUGAAGAGUGCCAUGGGCGUAAUGCAACACCAUGACGCUAUCACUGGAACUGAAAAGCAGCAUGUGGCCCAUGAUUAUGAAAGAUUGCUUAACGCGGCCAUCGAGGACUCCACUCUCAUAGCGCGACAGGCAUUCAACAAAAUCGCUCAAGGUGACAGUACGAAGCUACCUUUAUUCGCUUACGAGCGCUGUAAGCUGAACGAAUCAAGCUGUCCUGUCGCAGAGACGAGCAAACAGUUUGUGGUAACCAUUUACAAUCCUGUAGCGUGGGACGUCAAGGCACCCAUUAGGAUUCCUGUGAAAGACGGAACAUAUGAAGUUUACGCACCGAACGCCGCUAAGAUAACAUCGCAAUUGGUAGAUAUACCUCAAACUAUAAGAAAUAUACCGACAAGGAAAUCCGAGGCAACCCACGAGAUAGUGUUUAUAGCAAAACUACACCCUAUGGGCGUGAAAUCGUUUUUCAUCAAAAAAGUGAGCCCGAAAGUCAAAAGAGACACCCGAAAGAGCGAAAGGAAAAAUGAUUACUACGUUAAUAUUAAUGAUUACUGGAAAAAUAUUCGCUACAAAACGAAUAUUGAUAUAAAAAACAUCGACGACACCGAUGUCAAGGACAGUUACUUCCCAAUCAGAGAUAUUACCGAUAUUCCCGUAUUACCUGAACGAUACACUAAAGAUAAUAUACCGAUAUUGGUGGAUUACCAUGAUAAUAUUGAUAAGAAAGUGAAUAUUGUUAAGGAUAUCGACAUUGAUUUGCUAAAAGAUAAAGAAUUACCUGAUUACGGUGUGGAGCAGUUAGAGAAAAUAAUAAAAGAGGUAUAUUUUGGGAAAAACGAAGCGGAGGGGAGGAGUUUGGACAAGAAAUGGCAUUAUCCGACUUUGAAUGAGGAUGAAAUGAGGAUGCUGUCAGAUGAACCGAAGGUCGUGGAGAGAUUCGACGAAUUUUAUAUGGAGAAUGAGUACAUGAAACUGCGCAUAGACAACCGCACGGGUCAAAUAACUCACAUGAUUCUACCAGAUCGUACCACCAACUUGAAUAUACAAAUAUAUUAUUGGACUGGUUGCUACGGCGACAAUACUAACACGUCUCAAAGAUCUUCGGGCGCGUACAUUUUCAGGCCACAAACCAAAAUUCCAUACGACAUCACAUAUACAAGUAAUGGUACUGUGAAAGGGCCCGUUGUAACCGAAAUAAGAGCUAUAUCAGAUCAAAAUACCCUUACAACAUUUAGAUUAUAUAAAGGCCUCAACUAUUUCGAACACGAUUUUGUUAUAGGACCCAUCAACGUAGAUGAUAACGUUGGUAAAGAGUUUAUAGUUAGAUACGAAACAAAUAUUAACAACAAAAACGUGUUCUACACAGACUCUAAUGGGAGACAAAUGUUGAAACGCGUUUUAAAUAAAAGGGCCGACUGGAAUUUGACUCUAGAAGAACCUGUGGCUGGAAACUACUAUCCGGUUACGAAUGAAAUAACAAUCGAAGAUGAUAACACAAAAAUAGCUGUACUGACAGACAGAUCGGUUGGUGGCACAUCUUUGAAUAAUGGAGAAUUAGAAAUUAUGGUACAUAGAAGACUACUGCACGACGAUGCUUUCGGUGUAGGCGAAGCUUUGAACGAAACUGUUAACGGAAAAGGUCUUAUUGUCCGAGGCAAUCACAGAAUAUAUAACAUCGAUCCGAGCAACCGAGAUGAAAUUAUAAACGAAAGGAAAAACGUUAUUGAAAAUCAUUUGAAACCUAUAGUUUUUGUUUCCAACUCAGACAGUACUCCCUACGAGAUCUGGAUAAAUUUGAACAACUGCUUCAAAGGUGUCAAACCUUUGCCAUUGGGAUUGCAUUUGCUAACAUUAGAACCGUGGAAUCCCAAUCAAGUUUUGAUAAGAAUAGAGAACUAUUUGGAGAAAUCUGAUAAGUCCACCGUGGAAUUGGAUUUCACGGAUAUGUUUAAUAAUUUGAAUGUUAAAUCCAUAAAAGAGGCGACGUUAUCAGCUAACAAAUGGUUGGAUGAUGCAGAAAAGUGGAUAUGGAAUAGAGAAAAUGAUUUUGCUGAUAGUUUUAAUGAAGCCUAUAAUUCUGAUGAUUCGGUGGAUGGUGAUGAUAAGAAACUUAGAAAUGACGAUGGAAUUAAGAAUAAUGAUGAUCUACGCGAUGAUGGACUCAAGAUAAAACUAAGAGCUAAACAAAUAAGAACAUUUAUAGCUGAUUAUGAAUACAUUCCUCCUGUAGUUUAAUUUAUGUUAAUAAAUUAGUUUUUUUUUAA